UAUUUCACUUGUGAGGCGCUUGACGACACGGCCAUGUCUGGACGCGGCAAGCAGGGCGGCAAGGCGCGCGCCAAGGCCAAGACGCGCUCGUCGCGCGCCGGGCUGCAGUUCCCCGUGGGCCGCGUGCACCGGCUGCUGCGCAAGGGCAACUACGCCGAGCGCGUGGGCGCCGGCGCGCCCGUGUACCUGGCGGCCGUGCUCGAGUACCUGACGGCCGAGAUCCUGGAGCUGGCGGGCAACGCGGCGCGCGACAACAAGAAGACGCGCAUCAUCCCGCGCCACCUGCAGCUGGCCAUCCGCAACGACGAGGAGCUCAACAAGCUGCUGGGCAAGGUCACCAUCGCGCAGGGCGGCGUGCUGCCCAACAUCCAGGCCGUGCUGCUGCCCAAGAAGACCGAGAGCCACCACAAGGCCAAGUGAGGCGCGAGGCGGGGGCUCCAGGAACAACACAACGGCUCUUUUCAGAGCCACCCA